AUGGACAACUUGCAGGAUGUUAGAAUGUACCUAGGUGGAAGUAAUGUUCCAGACAACGAGGUUAGUGAUGAUGAAAGUGAUGGACCAAUCAUCAAUCGCACCUUGCUUGCUGUCUCUCAAAUCACAAACAUCCCAACCCACAAUCUCCACACAUCACCACAAUCUUCCGGCACCGGGUGUACAAUGUUCAGCACCGAGAAUACCACCAUCAGCCCCAAUGAGACUCUUACCUUUCCCCCAGCUCAUGCCCAAGCAAAGAAGCAUGCCAUCAAUGACCUAGAACAUAUUAUGUCAUUUUCUUCAUCCACAAAUUCCAUUGUGUCCUCCUCACCUCUCUGUUCAACAUUCAAACUUCCUGAACACAAUUGCGACUCAAGAUCCAAGACUUGCCUCGAAUUAGUGCAAGAAAACCAAAAAAUGCAGCACAAGUUCCGGAAGGCCCAAGUGUUGGUGGAGAGAGCCAUUGAUGCAGUGGAUGCGGCAAAUGCCCAGUUGGCAUUAGGGGGAAUGUAUGUGUCUAAAGCUCAGACACAGCUCUUAGUGUGGGAAGAAGCAGAGAAGUCGAAGGAGGAUGGUGGACACAUUACAGGGACAUUUGGCUGA